AUGGAUCACGUUCUGCAAGAGUUCAACAAUUCAGGAACUGCUCCUAAAGUGCCAGAAUUUCCUGCAAAGCUUGACUGCCUGAAUACGGCACCACUUCAGUUUCAAAGGGAUUUGCAAGGAAAAGUAGUUUUGCUCGACUUCUGGACCUAUUGUUGUAUAAACUGUAUGCAUGUUUUACCAGAUCUAGACUUUUUGGAGAAGAAAUACAAAGAUAAGCCUAUUGGUUUUUGGGUGGCUAUUUCUACAGUUCACUGUUAUCGGAGUGCAGUCAGAAAAGUUUGAUAACGAGAAGGAUUUAGAGGCCAUCCGUAAUGCAGUACUGCGUUAUGACAUCCCGCAUCCU